UAAGCAAGAGAGGUUCUGUUCUCUCUCCAAUACUCUCUCUCUCUCGCCUCUGGUUAAGCAAUACGACAUGUCGUCUCGGCCGGAGCUUAAGGCGCCGCCGGAGAUAUUCUACGACGACGAGGAGGCUCGGAAGUACACGUCGUCUUCUCGCAUCGUCAAAAUCCAGUCGGAGCUCACUGAGAGAGCCCUCGAGCUUCUCGCUUUGCCCGACGAUGGCGUCCCUAGGUUGCUUCUCGACAUUGGUUGUGGGUCGGGGCUUAGUGGGGAGACUUUGUCGGAAAAUGGUCACGAAUGGAUUGGUUUGGAUAUUUCGGCUUCAAUGCUUAAUGUUGCGUUGGAGAGGGAGGUUGAAGGUGAUCUUUUACUUGGCGACAUGGGUCAGGGAUUAGGGCUUCGUCCUGGUGUUAUUGAUGGAGCCAUAAGUAUCUCGGCUGUUCAGUGGUUAUGCAAUGCUGAUAAAUCCUCACAUGAGCCGCGACUAAGAUUAAAGGCUUUUUUCGGAUCGUUGUACAGAUGCUUAGCAAGGGGAGCAAGAGCAGUAUUUCAAGUGUAUCCCGAAAAUCUAGAUCAGCGUGAAUUGAUUUUGCGUAUGGCAAUGCAAGCUGGAUUUUCCGGUGGUGUGGUUGUCGAUUUCCCCCACAGUUCCAAGAAAAGAAAGGAAUACCUUGUUCUCACUUGUGGUCCAUCUGCACCUGUUUCAAAGGCGCAAGACGAAGAUGGUGGGAGUUGUUCCGAUGAUGACGUUAACGAAGAUGAAGAAAAUAAGACGGUUUGCGUUUCUGACAGGCACAGACCAAGGAAAAAGCAGAGAAUAACUAAAAAAGGCAAGGGAAGAGAAUGGAUUAUGAAGAAGAAGGAACAGAUGAGAAGAAGAGGAAAUGUCGUACCUCCGGAUACAAAGUACACUGGCAGAAAACGAAAGGCUCGAUUUUGAAAGGCAUCGUUGCUUGUGUGUUGGUUGUGCUUUUAGUUCCUUUUAACCCUCCAACCAUAUUUGGAGGUUUAAGAGGACCAAUGUGAGAUUUAUUAUUUGUUUUAUUUUGGGAAAAUUUUUGACAAAAGAGACUUGAUAAUAGUUGGCCUUUCCAAGGAUUGGCUAAUUGGUUUUGACAAUACUAUACAAGGCAUAGAGUUUCAUCAUCUUCGACGCCGCUUCAUAGUAUUCUGUACGCUAAAUUCUUUAAAGUUCUCCCUAGAACUUUCAUCACUGUGAUGACUUGCCCCCCCCCCGGAAUUCUCUUAUAGUAUCUGUUUCCCUCGAA